AUGGUAAUGUGUAUAGACUUGAAAUGCCGAAUGGACUUUGAUGCCGAGGAAGCACUCUUGCAGGCCCAGGUGCUUGCGGCUGGCCAGGUUCAGACACAAGCGAGCAUCCUUGCCGGCCCUGGUCUUGGUCCCUACCCUGUGAGGCAUAACCGCAGCUUGCCAAAUGCCGCCUUAAAGGCACGUGGGCGGCAACCAAAGCUUGCAGUUAGUGGAGUUCCUGCUGCAGCUGUGGAGCCUGUGCAGCUAGACUCCCAGCUGGAUGCUCUUCGUCGUGAGAUUGCCCGCCUUGAGCAGCAAAAGCAAAAGCAGGUCGCAACGAAGGCGGUGCCUGCUAGGCCUGUGUCAAGUGGUAGUGCCGCAGCUCGCGUAACGCAGAAGGGACCAAACGUGCCAUCUCCAGGGAAGCCACCAGCGAUCGGCGGCUCUUCGAGCGCUGAACAAAAUGGGGCAGCGACAGCAGGGAUGCCGACGAUACAGCCAGUUGCCACCUCUUAUGGGGCUACGAGCGAAGCUACGGUGAGGGUCUCCAUCACCAGCACUGCCGAUGGCAGUCCGACGAAGUCGGGGGCAAAUAGCAAGAGGGCAAGACCUGCAGCGGACGGUGCAUCUGGCCCGGGCAAUCCCAGCAGAUCUGCCAACGCAACCCAGCACGCAGGAGGACACGCUACGUCCGCAAACGGUGGCAUUACAGACAUUUGUCCGGAGGCACAGCUGGCCGCCAACGAGUUUCUCUUGUCUUUCAUGAGCCAGAUCGGCAGCGAAGAGCAGGGCCGCGGCGGGGCAGACCCGGCGGUGGCUUUGACACCACCACAGCACCAAGGUCUUGAGACAAGUGCAGAAGCACAGGAGCACUACGGCCAACAGCAUCCGGAGCAAAGCCAACACCCAAAUCCGCGAAGUGGCAAUCCGGGGGACGGAAAUGCCGGGUGCUUGGGAGCUGGGACGGGACAAAAUGAGCACGGCGGCCAUGCAAGCAUAGGCGGCAAACCGUUGGCGGAAAGAGCGAAGAAUGCACCAACUCCAGGGUGCGGUGGCGGAGCGUCAGCACGGCGUGCUGCGGCAGAGCGGACCAGCGCGGCGGUUCAGCGCUUGCGCCGGAAAUCAAGUGGAGUGGCGGGGACGGAGCUGUUGCUCCGGACUGCAACAUCCUCAGGGAUGGCAGCAAACGGUGCUGCCCCUGUCGCCUCGGACGUUACUGCGGCUGCCGACGGAGGUCCUCCGAGUGUACUGGUGUGCGCCACCUCACCAACAUACGCAGAUGGAGUCGCCAAAAGCAACAGCAAGCAGUGUUGGGUACGGGAGUCGCUCCCACGGCUCAAACUGCUGCAGCAGCAGCUGCAGCGACAGCUGGAUCAGCGACAGCAGCAGCAGCGAACAUUUGAUAGGCCACAGGACGCGUUUGCGACCUCUGGGGUUCCGAAUGCCGCGGGAAUCAUGGGCGUGGGCGCAGCUACGGGCACAUCGGCGCCACGCGCGAGCACGCCGGCUGCCGAUGCCUUGCGGCGGCCACCCGCUGCCACAGCCGGCACCGCCACCCCGGCCGCCAACGUGCUGCCACCCCUGCCGAUGCCGGUGUCCGCGCCGCACACUUUGGGAUCUGCCGUGCAGCCCGUCCACCCUGGUGCCCCGUCCGGCAUGUUGCCCUCGGCGACAGCGUCUCAGUUUCCGUAUCCACAGCUAUCGCAUGCACUGGGACCCCGCCCGCUGCCUGGUGGAUCUUUUCCCAGCGCGUUCCUGCCGGGGCCGCCACCUGGGAUGCAGUGUCGGCCUUCGCAGCCUGGGGUGUUCCUGGGUGCUAUGCAGCCGCCUGUGUCGCUGGUGGAGGUCGACGUAUUGGCCAGGAAGGAGCUUAUCCUGCUGAAGUGGCAAAUGCUGCAGGAAAUUGCUGUGGACCUGGAAGCCGAGUGGACGGAGGUGUGCCUUGCCCACAACCGGUUGCGUAUGUUGUCCUUGACACAAGCACAGCACGGCAGGUCGGCGGCAGCUGCAGUCUUAGCAGAUGGCCCACCCGGCAGGUCGGACGCACCACAGAUUGGUCCUCCUUUUCGUCCAGAAAUUGCACUUCCCGCGCUUCACCCGCACCCAGUCAUGCGUGGCCACGCGACCUUCCACCCGUUCACGCAAUUAUCACAGCAGCAACUAUCGCAACGACAAGAACAGCAGACGGGAGGACAUCAGGGCCCAAAGCAGCAAAGCGCCUCAGGGCAAGAAGUCCCGCUUCUUACGCCUGCCCCUGGGCAGUCAGUGAAUGUACAGCUGGCCGCGCCACGACCAAUGGCAUUGCAGGAUGUCCGCGGUGGGCGAUUCCUAGCUACGCCUCCUGCUGAGAUGCAAACCGCCGCCCUGGAGAAUGGAGCAGGAGACAGACAGCCGAACGGAGCGCGGCAUGGCGAUGCUCCGGCGGAGGCCCGAGGCGCCCCGGACCCUGCACAGCUGCACCUGAGAUCCGGUCAGUGUCCAGGUGGGGAGGAGACAUGCCCCAAUAGUCAGUUUCAUGUUCCUGACAAGCAGUCCAGACACCCGGAUCAGCGAGAGCGGGAGCCCGUCCAGCCCCGGGCACCAGAACGGGAGCUUGGCUCGGAGCCUGCGUCCCGAGUAGAGGGCGAGCGGGCCGCGAACACUGGACCUGGGCUUGCGGCAGAGAGAGGGCCGCUGCUGGCCGGCUCGGAUAUAUCCACCGCAGCUCGGAACUCGGCACCAGUUGAACGACAUCCAAACGGAGACCCUGCGGCGGCAGUGCAGCAGCACGACGCGGCGGUUCCAAGGGCCCUGGCUCAUCGAGACCUUGCCACCGCCGCACUCCGGCUGGAGAGCCAUGGCGGAGGCUUGAGUGCCCCCUUGGCCCAACAGCCUUGGUUAAUUGCAGCUGGCACGAGGAGUCCACCACCAGGCGCUUCAUUGCCCUUAGGAGCAACAUGUAUAUCAGCUAACGGACCGGCCGUUAGGAUGGCACCGGCGGCAGCCCCGCAAGUUGGCGAGCGUCAGCCUGGUUCCGACCUGGUCGGGGGGCUCGCAGGGUCUGCAAGUGCCGGCGUGGGUUUCACAGGUGUGGACGGCCCGCAACAGCACUCGAGGCAACAUGCUGGGGUUCAGCAGCAGCAGGUGGGCAUGCCGCAAGCAGCGCAUGACUGUGAUACCGCGGGCCCACGUGACGGAGCUGCUGAUGCUUGGCGUUCUGGAGGGGACCCUCGGGUCAACCAGGCGUUCCUCUUAACGACGGGCAUGGAGGAUCAAGCUGCCGUUUCAACAGUCACAUAUGAGGACGCUGCACGGGGGAUCGGCCAAGCGAUGUUGUCCGGGCCGGCGCGUCAUCUUCCCGCUCUGACAUGCGGCGGCAGUGCUGAUGGGAGGACCACCGGUGAUGGUCGGGGUGGUGGACCUGGUCCCAGCGUCCAGCAGCGGACAAGCGUGUGGAUGCCUUGGGAGCAUGCCGGCGCUCCUGAGGCACCACCAGGACUGGGCGAGGGUAGCGGAGAGGCCCGCAGCAACGUUGUCGGAGGCGCCGGCCACAGCACGGUUGCGGCAGCGACCCAUAGCGGCGGCGGUGGCACUGCCGGUUGGGGUGACGGCGGCGAGGGUGAUAGCGGCCAAAGUGUCGGGGUGACGACAGGUCCUCUUGCCGGUAAUCCUGCGCCCGCAUCCGCUGCUCCUGCUUUUACCGCGCCCAAUCCUGCCGCUGUCGCCCCGGUCGAGCCACCUGUGCGCGUGCAGUCUGCGCCGCAGGUGCUGCCAGCGAGGCGGCCGAGUGGAGGCAGCCCGGGGGCCGCCAUCGCCGCUGCAACGCCUAGGCAGGAACAGCAGGCCCCACGCGUGCCGUUACACGGCUUGGCAGCAGCGAGAGAGGAGACAGCUCCCCGCCCCGGCAGCUUCCAGGUCCUACUCAGGAGGCGCCCCACACUAGUGGGGGCUGCUUUUGGUCAUGUGGCAGGUCCCGCCAAGAGCAACUGCAUCUUGCAUGAUACGCGUUCUGGUGUAACACUUUGGUAG